CCACAGUCUUAGGUCGUAGCUGGGGCAAAGUCUCAAAAUGGUAUCAACCAAGUGUUUUUUUUCUUAGCAUAAUUAUGGAAGAGAAGCUGAAAAGUUAUAUGAUUUCGUUUGCUUCUUACUGCUCGGAAGCAAAUGCUGUCAAAUGUAAGGAGGAGGAUUUGCUGUCUUUGAGAGCAAACGUCAAAAAAAUCAGCUCACUGUUAUCAUCGAGCAAUAAGUGUCGUAGGAUGAUUUUUGAACAUGAAUCUUACGCUAGUGAUUUUGCCUUCGCACUUCAAUUUCUCAACGACAGGGUCCUUAGGACACAAAUUGUACUGAUUCUUUUCAAACUGGUGAAAAAAUCGGCAUCCCAAUCCCGGACUACAAUGUUAAUCCAAAAGGGGAUUACUAGAGCUCUGUUUCAAGCCCUCUACACGGAAUACUCAGAAGAAACUCCAAAUGUUGAACUUUUACUGAAAAUACAUCAGUUACUCUGUCGUCUUGGUCCGAUGGAUAAACGUUUUGGUAUUCGAGCAAGACUGAGUCAUUGUAUUCCAAUUACAAUCCAUCUACUAAGAAUUCAAGUUGCUCUAUUAAAUUCAUCGAUACGUACAACUCCUUCUAGAUUAGAUAAACAUCUAAAGAACCUAUCCGAUUUCAGCUUCUGUUAUUCAUCAAUGAAUUUAGAUUCUUUUCAAAGUAAUGCUAAACAUAUUCAUACUAUAAAUGAAAUGUUACAUAAUCAUCAUCAUCAUACAACUAUGCCAACGGUUUCAUCCGUUAUACGACGUAAUUUAAAUAUUAUUUUACAUAUGACUUGUUUAUAUGCAUCAGAUGGCGGUAAAACAAAUUCAUAUUUAUUAGGACGUAAUGGUGUUAUAAAACUAUUAAUUCAAUUAAUUGCUUUAUUAUCUGGACUACAUAUAUAUUGGAAAUCGUCUACGAUGAACUCAUUAUUGUCGCCGUCAACUGCAACAACAACAACAACAACAACAACAACAAGAAAGACGACAGUGUCGCCAACUGAUACUCCUGCAUAUAAUUCAAUGAAAGCAACUAGAAACCCAAUGAAUGAAUACCGUAAUCAUCUCUAUAAUAAUAGUCAGUUGUCAUCACCAACACUGAGAACAAGUGAUAACAAUAUGAAUGAGAAUGAAUUGAUUAUCAACAGUCCAGUAAGAUAUAUUGUCAUUGUUAUGGCAUCAAUGAAAGCAUUGCUAAAAUAUCUUUAUCAAAAUGAAAACGAGUCAUUUCUUAAUGAUAAGGCUGAAUCAACCAAGUUACAUAAUCAUAUGAUUACAAAAUUUCAUUCAAUUAACAAUCCUAAUUUAAUCAAUUCAAUCAGGUCGUUCAUUACAUCUAAACCUAAGUUAAUUGCUAUCGGGGUAAAACAUAAUGUCAAAUUACUUCGUCUUCUAGUGAAUACAUUGUAUUGUCUUAUAAAAUAUAAAAAUAAUGCUAUACGUGCUAAUAAUAAUCAUGCAGUUCCAUUACUUCUGGAUUUAUUUCUUGAUAUACAUCGAUGUGAUUUACAUUGGGAUUGGAUUGAUUUACAGAGAAGCUUAUUGAAUUGUUUAAAACGAUUGACAGGAAUACAUUCUGGACGUAAAGCUUUAAUGAAAUCCGGUGGACUUUAUACAUUAUAUGCUAUUUGUAUUGGUUAUAUAGGACCUGAUCCACUAAAACGAACUAAUGAUGAUAUUUUAUUAAAGAUGUUUUCACAAUACAAGAAUAUCAAAUCUUCUAUUCAUUAUAAUGAACAACUAAAUCUAAGUAUUAAUCAAUAUAAUCAGUUACAAAAUAGAACACACUUAACAACAACAACUACAAUGGAUCCUAUCCAUAAUAUUGACUCAUCGACCAUCAAAUUACCAUCAUCAUUAUCAUCAUCAUCAUCAUCGUCAACACCAGCAGAAGAAGCAUCAGCAGCAUCGUCAUCAUCGUCAACACCAGCAAAAGAAGCACCAUUAUCCUCAACAUCAAUAGAAAAAGCAUCAUCAUCAACUUUAUCUCAUAAAACCAAUUAUAGAAAAGUGAAUCCAUCAUAUAUAAUUGAUAAUGAUCCAAAUCGAAUUCAUAAAAAAGAUCAAAUCAUUUUGGAUCCAAUUAAAAUUUUAAUACAAACAUGUAUAUUAUUACGUCGUUGUAAUCCAAGAUGUAGUUUACCAUUAAUCAAUGCUGAAAGUAUUCUUAAUUGUUUAUUACCAUCUAAUGAUGCAUCAUUGACUUCGUUGUUACGUCAAAAUUCAGAGUCACCGAUUCAAAAAGAUACGUCUGCUUCACCUGAAACAGAAAAACCCAAUGCUGCCAAAUUUAAAUUUAAUCCACAAAUAUCUUAUUCAACUAAUAUGAAUUCAACUUCGAAUUCGAAUAAGAAGUCACAUGAAACACCACUCUCGCACAAAUCUUCCCCUACUAAUAAUAUAAUCAAAUUUACCAUCAAUCGAAAAUCUUUAUCCAAACUAGUGAAUCCAAUAUCAUCUGAUUAUUUUAAAUUAUUAUGUAAUACUACUACUAUUAAUAGUAAUGAUAAUCAUCAUUACUAUCCUAAAAUUACCCGAAAGAAGUUAACCGAUGAGAGGAAACAAUCAAUAAGGAUUCAAAAUAAACGAAUUACAUCUAAACUGAAUUCUCCAAUGGUAAGAGCAUCAUUGAGUAAAAACGUACCUAAAAUCACCAAUCUGAAUUCCAAAGAUCUUCAUAGUAAAUCAAUAACCGAUCUGUAUACAAUAAACCAGUCGUACAAUCCAUCGAUAGACACAUUUCUUCACCCUCCUUUAUCAAAACAAUUCAAUAAAUUAUUCAUUAGUCAAUCAUGUACAGAAUUACCAAAUACACAACAGCUGAAUAAAUUCUGUCGUAUACAGAAAGUGAAGAUUCUUCGGCGAGGAGAAGAUGAAAGUUCGAAUCAACCUGAGAUUCAACAGGAUUUCAACUAUACAAAGAAAGAUAAAUUGCCCGUUAUCUGUGAUAAACCUAUUUCAUACCAACUGCUCAGUUCAUCUAAUACAUCAUUAACAUCACCAGAAAUAUUUGAUAUAAAUGAACAGAAUACUCAGAAUAUUGAUGGUGAUGAUGUUGAUGACAACGAAGAAGAAGAAGUGGAAGACGAAGAUGAUAAUGAUGAUGAGGAUGAUGGUGAUGAUGAUUUUAAUGUAACUAAACCCGAGGAUUCUACAACAACUAGUCAAAGACACACAUUCAAUGAAUUAAUUUCAAGUCAUUUAAAAUUUUUCCCUGAAUGGUUUGAUCUACCCAGUGAAAUACCAAAUAGAUUGAUGAAAGAACAAGUUGAAAAACCAUUGGAUAUGAACUCUGUCAAUUGGCCUUAUGAAUGUAACUAUCCUAACAGUAAUAUAAACAAAGAUCCUACUACCAAUAAACAUAACACUUUCAUCAAAGACAAUACUAUCAUGGAAUAUUACUAUUUUGCUCAAAUCAUAAAAACUUUAUUACCAUUUGAAACGAUCGCAUAUCCUGAUUUAAUUGAUGCCCAUGGAUCAAUUAAUUAUGAACCAUUUUAUGAGACGGAUCAGUCAAUUUGGAGAUAUUUUAAUCAACAAACAAAUCUAUACAAUUCUACUACUACUUCAUCUCAAGUUACAUCAAGUGUUAAUGAUGAUGUGGAUAAUGAUGGUGAUGAUGAGUGCGUUCAUCUAUCAAAAAUUCAAGAAGCUGAUGUCUCCAUUCAUCCAAUGGAACCAAUUCCACUAACGAAAUCUGCUGUACAUCAUUUGAACAAACUUUCUAAAUCAGUUAAAUUGAAUAAAACUAUGAAUCAAUCCCUGAAGAACGAUCAAUCAUUACAUAUACCAUACCAUAUAUCUGACUUUCCCCAUACAGAAAUCCUUGACGAUGUACGACGAUUCAUUGAUUCGAAUGAUUUAAUCAAUCGUGUUGUAUAUGAUUUAGAUGAAUUAAUUAGAUUACAAUCAAACAAAGAUCCAAUUAAGAUGUCCCAACCAUUAUCAUCUCAACAAGUGUUCUCAUCAUUCAAACAACAAUGUCAUCAGUUCCAAGAACAUCAACAACAACGACAUUUGUCAAUAUCAAAGAAUAAAUCAUAUCAAGAAGUUAUACCAACUUCUUGUGUACAAAUGAAUAAUCAUAGUAUAGAUAGUAGUUCAUUAGAUGGCGGUAACAAGAUGACAAGUAGUAAUCAUCAACAGGAUAAUCUUUGUUCUUCUUCAGUUACGUCAUCUUCAUUGUAUGACUUUAACUUAUCGAAUCAAGAUGAAUUAUUGAUUAGUCAAUUUGACGUUGAAAAAGGUCACUUAGAGUUUGAAUCUCGUUUUGAAUGUGGUAAUCUUCGUAAAGCAAUCCAAGUUCGUCAAUAUGAAUAUGAUUUAAUAUUAAAUCCUGAUAUUAAUACAACUUCAUAUAUACAAUGGUUUUACUUUCGUAUAUCUAAUAUGGAAUCUAAUAUAUCAUAUCGUUUCAAUAUUAUUAAUUGUGAAAAAGUAGAUAGUCAAUUUAAUGCUGGUAUGCAGCCUCUUCUUUUCUCAGUUCAUGAAUCACUUCAAUCUCAUCCAUGCUGGAAACGUGUUGGUUCUAAUAUUAUUUAUUAUAGAAACCAUUUUACUCGACACUUAACUCGAAAGUGUAAUGUGGAUAGUGGAACGUAUUAUACAGCUACAUUUACGAUACGCUUUCCAUAUACUGGCGAUAUUUGCUAUCUUGCUUAUCAUUAUCCAUAUACUUAUACACGUUUAUUAACUGAUUUAAACAAAUGGCAAUAUAAAAUGUUGAAUCAUUCAAAUGAGAUUUACUUUCAUAUUCAACAAUUAACUUCAACUAUUCUUUCCAAUCCAGUUCCAUUAAUUACAAUAACACAAACUCCGGAUUCUUCAGAUGAAUCUACAAAUAUCAAUCAACGUCCUUAUAUCAUUCUUACAUGUCGUGUACAUCCAGGUGAAUCAAAUUCUAGUUGGAUCAUGAAAGGUAUAAUUGAACAGUUAUUAUCAAAUAAUGAUAGAAAAAUGAAUGAAUUACGUAAAAUGUUCAUUUUUAAAAUAAUACCUAUGUUAAAUCCUGAUGGUGUCAUUGUUGGAAAUCAUCGAUGUUCAAUGUCUGGUAAAGAUUUAAAUCGUCAUUGGAUUAAUCCAUCAUCUUUAAUUCAUCCAACGAUUUAUCAUACUAAAAUGUUAAUGGAAUUUCUUACAUUAUGUGAACGUUCACCUUAUAUUUUCAUUGAUUUCCAUGGUCAUUCACGUAUGAAGAAUAUUUUUUUAUAUGGAUGUAGUUCAAUUGAAUCAUGGUUACAUCCAGAUAUACAUAAUCCUGCAUAUUGUGGUAUCAAUCAAUCAGAAGAUCAUUCAUAUCGUUUAUUAGCUGAUAUAUUAGAUCAAUUAUCACCAUAUUUUUCAAAACAAUCAUGUUUAUAUGUGGUUAGUAAAGCUAAAGAGACUACAGCACGUAUAGCUGUUUGGCGACAAUUCAAUGUAUUACGCUCUUAUACAAUUGAAGCUUCUUAUUGUGGUAUUCGUCGUAAAUGGCGUAGAAAUCAGGUACAAGAAAAAGAACAACAAGGAAAUGAUAACGGAACAGAAAAAGAAAAACACUCAAAUAAAUCUGUAGAAGUUAUCCAACAUCAAAUAAGACCAGUUGAUUUAAUGAAUUUCGGCUCACAAUUAUUAAAAGCAUUUUUAUUGUUAUCGGAAGAAACAACGUCUAAUACCAGCAAAACGGUUUCAUCGAUGUCUUCAUCACCAUCCUUAAUGACAUCUUCAGCUUCAUUAUACAAUGUAUCUUCCCCUGAACAUCCAUCAUCAUCAUUAUCCUUUGAUUAUCUAACUGACACAAACGUUAUGCAUCAGUAUGGUGAAGAUGAUACGGACGUUUACGGUUAUGCUGAUAAUAAUAAUAAUAAUGAUAGUAAUGGAGGUGAGAAACUGCAAAUAUCUUCUAGACUACAGUGCAGUAAAAGAAAAUACCAAUCUAAAAUGAAAAAGUUGAAACGACACAAACAAAAACCAUAACAGUAAGAACUACUACAACGUGGAGAAUAAAAAGUCACAUAUACUUCGAUCAUGUUGCUUUCGUGUAGUAUAGUAAAAUCCGAUUGUGUUCUUCAUUCACGAUCCAACUGCUCAUCCUUUUUCAUAAGUUUCUCCAUGAAUCAAUAUCAUAGUUAUGAGAUACAUAUAGAAUGAUGAUGGCAUUAAUGAGACCUAAAUGAAUUGUAUACAAUAAAGAGUAUCACGUUAUGAUAUAAUUGUAUAUUUCCAAAUGUUUCGUGUAAUUGAAUCUAAACUAAGACGUAAUCUUGUAAAUGAAGCAUUUAUUUUAAAAAAAUACUGAUGUUCAAUGUUCCUUAAACAAGAAAAACAUUAUUUAUCUUUAUAUGAAUUUAAAUUUGACCUAUUUUUUUGUUUUUCAUACUUCACCUACUUUUAAAAUUUGUAAGUAGUAUGAAAUUGUUUUAGGUUUUUAUUGAUCUUUUGGUUUUCAUGAAUAUUAUAGAUAUUUAUCAG